AUGGAUGUUCCUAAAGGACUUGUCACUUUCUGCAUUAGAAAGGACCUUUCUGGAAUACACUCUGGCAUCGAGAACGCAACUGUUGUCUAUUCCGGCCGUGCAUCUUUGCUGGUUGAUUAUGAUGACAUCACUUACGCUCAUUGUGAGGUGACUCACAGAUGCGCCAAACAGUACAAAGGUGUCGCUAUUGGUAUUAUAGUGGCACCUUCAAUGGAUACAUUCACACCUGGAGAACGCAGAAAUACUGGGCUUAAAAAGAAAUAUGCUGAAAUUGAAGCUGAGAAUAUCGAACUUAAAGCUGAGAAUAUGAAAGUUAAGGCUGUCAAUGCAAAGCUAAAGCAAACUUUAAAAGAACAUGAAAUUAGAAUCACGAAUUUAGAACAAAUAGAUAAAGAAAAAACUGUUACUAAUACUUCACAAUCUCCCGGAAACGAUCGUGUAGGAGCAAUCAGCAAAAAACUAUUCCGAAUAACUCCUUUACCAGUAGAAGACCUUGACGAUUCUGAUGAAAUUGAGCUUACUAAAAAUCAAAAUAUAGAUUUAAGUCGAGAUUUACAGAAUUGUAUGCUUAUUGCUUCACCUGAUUCCAUAGAAAUAUCUUCCAAAGACAUCAGUGCAUUCUCACUUUGUGGGUCUUAUAAUAGUACUUUAGUAAUGUUUGGUGGUGAUUUUGAUAAACAUACACGUUCUGUUUGUGACCUUAAAACCGAAAGAAUGUUUAUGUUUUCGGGAAUUAUUGAUAUUUUGGAUACAAAAACAUAA